AUGGAUACGCCUCGUCUCACCGCUGCACCCUCACAUACUCGAGUGAACUCCGUCCCGGGGACGGGCCGGUUCUCCUUUUUUGGCCUGCGACGGCAGGCUGAGCAGAAGCCAAGUCUCCCUGAGCCGGCAGAUGACGAGUUCUUAAACCUCGACAUCUCUGUUGCCUUGUCAGUACCUACUUGUCCAGACGCCACUAGCGAGCAAACACUCGAUGCUUUGCGAGAACAAGCCACCGGCGUCCUACAACGCAUGCAAGAUGCCUAUAAACAAAGGACCUUUGUCAUGCACCAGGCCCUGGCAGACCGAAACGAGAAGAAUAGCGAGCUUGAGGAGACACGUGCUCGGGUGGAUCACUUGAAGAUGCAGCUGGAUGGUAUGGCUGCCAAGGUGCUGGAGCAGGAGAAAGCCAUGCAGGCCAUGGCCGAAGAACUCCGGCAGGAGAGACGGCUGCGACAGAAAGAGGAGUCUCGCAGCCGCAGCCGGAGCCGUACUAUGUGUGCUAUCCCUCCGGAGGAUGACAUUCCAUCUCUUGUGCUCCAAACUCCCCGCCGAGGCGGCAAGCGUACAAGCCACGGCACUCUCACCAGCGAUUCCGGCUUUGAGUCUGGAGAUGAGAGUAUCGCCGACAGCGUCUUCUCGCAACGAGAAGGUGUCGAGUCUCCCACAUCUACGUUGACCGCGUCGUCGCCCAACCUCUCGCAGGUUGCUCUUUCAAUGCCGUCCGUUACUCCAACACCGACACCGACCAUUCAAAAGAACCUAGUUGCUGUCACGAGUUCGCCGACGCCGACGCGUCCGUCGACAUAUGACCGAGUCAUGAAAGGUCUCGCCUCAACCCGUCUCGGUAGUUCUUUCACGAACACCGGCAAUUCGAACCAGUGUGGCAAUUGUCAUGGUGUUCCUGCCUCGGAGGCCUGGAGUGUCAUGGGCGUGCUCAAGGAUGAGAACCGGGGCCUCAAGACGCGCCUAGGAGAGUUGGAGCUGGUAAUCGAUGACUGCCUGGGCCUCGUUGGUCCUUGA